AGUUAUCAACAAAAAAUCAAACAAAAAUUUUUAAAAAUCUUUUGGUUACUAUUAAUUCCCUGUAGUUAUAAACUUUUUCAAUGCUUCUGGUGAAAUAAUUUAAAUAAUCAUAAAAUCAAAAUGUCUCAAGUUGAAAUUAAUGGCGUGAAAGUUAAUUUUCCUUUUGAGCCUUAUCCUGUCCAGGUUGCGUAUAUGAAGAAGGUCAUUGAAACUCUUGAAAGUAGCACGAAUGCUGUUUUAGAAUCUCCUACCGGUACUGGCAAAACAUUAAGUUUGUUAUGUAGCACUUUAGCCUGGCUACUACAUAAAAAAGAAAUGGUAAUUUGCAACAUGAAAGCACAUAAUAAACCGGGGGAUAUUUCACAAGACAUUUUAAAAUCUUGGGAUAUACCAAAAGUUUAUUACACAAGUCGUACUCACUCACAAUUAUCUCAAGCUGUUCAAGAGCUUAAAAGAAGUUCAUAUUCAUUUGUAAAAGCAAUUGUACUUGGCUCGCGAGAUCAAAUGUGCAUACAUCCAGAAGUUUCGCAAGAACAAAACAGUGCACAAAAAAUUCAGUUAUGUAAAAUUCACGUUACGAAUCGAAGUUGUUCAUUCCAUUCACGGUUAGAAGAAAAAAAAAACAGGCCAGAGAUAGCUGAAAGUCCUGUUCUGGAUAUUGAGGAUUUAGUGGCAAUUGGCAGAAAAAUUAGAAUGUGUCCAUAUUUUGGUUCAAGGGAAAUCUCUUCAGAGGCUGAUAUAAUUUUUAUGCCUUAUAAUUACUUGAUUGAUCCGAAUGCACGCAGAGCAAACAACAUUCAAUUACGAAACACUAUCAUUAUAUUUGAUGAAGCACAUAAUGUUGAAAAAAUGUGUGAGGAAGCUGCUUCGGUCUGUAUUAAAUCAUCUGACAUUGCACUAGCUAUUGAAGAGGUAACUUUUAUUAUGAAAAUGCUUGACGAAGGUGAUGCUUUCUUAGAAAUGGGUGGAGGCUCAGACGAAGUUAAAGAUUUCACAAUAGAUGAUUUAGUAGCACUUAAAGAAAUCCUUUUGAAAUUCGAGCAAGCCAUUGAUGAAGUUGAAUUGCCAAAUAAAUUUUCAGGAACUACUUUCCCUGGAGACUACAUGUUUGAAUUAUACUCCAAAGCAAAUGUUAAUUAUACCUGCUUCAGUAUGGUAAUCACAUUAUUAGAAAAAUUGCUGACAUUUUUGGCAGCUGCACAACAACGAAAUUUAGCUUUCAGAAAAGGGGCCGGUCUUCAAAAUUUUGCACAAUUAACAGCAAUUGUGUUUGAUAGUAUGAAAGACGACAAAGUAGAAAAAAUGGCAAAAUCUUUUAAAGUUCAUUUCGAAGUUGAGGAAAUAAGAAAAACAAAAGGUGCCGACAAAGAUGGAUGGAUUUCAUCUAAAGCCCAUCAAGGUUUAAAAAUGGCUAAAGUAGUUAAUUUUUGGUGUUUUAACCCUGGGUUUGGUAUGCACUACUUAUUAAAUUCACAAGUUAGGAGCAUAAUUUUAACUAGCGGUACAUUAGCACCAUUAAAGCCAUUGAUAGCAGAAUUAGGAAUACCAAUAUCCAAUAGUCUUGAAAAUCCUCAUAUAAUAAAACCAUCGCAAAUUUUUGUUAAAGUAGUUUCGAACGGUCCCGAUCGUGAGAAAUUAAUUUCUAACUAUGAAAAUCGGGACAACCCAAAAUACAUCAACUCUCUAGGAGGAACUAUAGCGAACUUUUGUAAUGUUAUUCCUGACGGUGUUUUAGUUUUUUUCCCGUCAUAUGCGGUUAUGAAUAAAUGUGUUUCUAGUUGGCAAGCAAGUGGAAUUUAUAGUAGAAUAUCAAAAAGAAAACCAAUUUUUGUUGAACCGCAAGGUAAAGAAGCGUUUCUUGCUACAAUGGCUGAAUUUUAUGAUAAAAUUAACAAUCCGACAUAUAGUGGAGCAUGUUUUUUUGCGGUGUGCCGUGGAAAAGUCUCAGAAGGUUUAGAUUUUGCAGAUGCAAAUGGCAGGGCUGUAUUAAUUACAGGUUUACCAUUUCCACCUUUCAAAGAUUCCAGAGUUGUUUUAAAAAAACAAUAUUUAGAGCACAAUAGAACAAGGGAAAAUGAAUUAUUAUCAGGUAACGAUUGGUAUUUUCUUGAAGCAACUAGGGCAGUUAAUCAAGCUAUUGGUCGUGUUAUACGCCAUAAAGAUGAUUAUGGUGCUAUCUUACUAUGUGAUUCAAGGUUUGCCAAUCGUAGUCAACAAUCACAAUUGUCAACAUGGAUUCAAGAGCACUUAAAAAAUGCUAAUGAUAGUGAAAACAAUUUUGGCAAAAUAAUAAGGGAACUGAAGUUAUUUUUCGAUAAAGCAAAAUGUACAACAGGUUUAUCAGUUAUUGAUAAUAGAAGUUCACCUAGUACCAGUUUUGAAUGCAAAUCAGCUUUUGUGAACACAAUUCCCAAAGUGAAAAACGAAAAUCGUGUAAUAAUUCCAGAAAGUGAUAUUGGGGUAAUUAGUGAUUCCAGCAGUCAGUUUAAUAUUCAUAAAUAUAAAUCUGAAAAUAUAAAAAAAGAAGAAACAGAUUUUUCUACCCGUUUAUACCAAGGUGAUGCCCAAGUAAUAAAUUUUAAUGAUCAAAUAGCUGAUCAAAUGUCGACAGUUGUGUCUAGUCCAAGUUUUGUUAAAAUUCAUAAACGAGAUAGAUGUGCUGAUUUAACGUCGCCCGAGAAUAUUUUAAAAAAUCUUUCUAAGAAAAAAAAGCUGAAAAUAAUUGGUAACGACACUGAUAUUGAUAAAGACUCUAAUAUCGAAAAUAGAAAUUUACUCGAAAGCAAAACAAUAAUUAAAAGUUCAAUUUCUGAGGAUAAUGAAAAAGUAUCAAAAACAAUGGAUAGAUUAGAAUUUUUAAAACUGAUUCGAAGUUCUUUAUCAUCUCAAGAUGUUAACAAGUUCAAUAGAGCGCUAAUAGCAUAUCGCGAUAGUGACAAUAUUGAUAUAUUUUUUUCCAUUUUAUGUAGUUUAUUUAGUUCAUCCGUUUUUACGUAUUUAUUAAAAGGUACACGAAGAUAUAUAAAAAAUCACCAUAAAGAUAAAUUUGACAAAUUAUUAGAAGAGUUCUUGAAGGCAAAAUGUGAUGCUUGACCCUUCGAAAAAAAUUUUUGAAACGUUUUAAACGUGAAUGAAAAAUCUUGAUAUAAAUAUAUUAUAUGUAUAUAAGAAAUGAUUACGAAAGAAAAAGGCAUUUCGUAAACUUUGCAUAAUGUUUUUACUUAAAUUUAUUUGUUUUAGUAUAAUUAUGUAAUAAAAAAAGUUUCGCUACA